GCUAGCGGAUGAGAAGGACGAGUCCUUUAUGUACAUGCACCGCUCUGUCAUCAGGCCCGGUAUGGUGGUUACAAAGAAGAGUAUCCCAAGCCCGCGAUGUCUGCACACCGCAUGAAUGUAGGCAAUCGGAACAUCCUUUGGCAGCCGGAGCCAUCUCCGGACCGCCGCUCUAGCCUGAAAGUCGAGAUGACGGAGGACCUUCAGGGUGCAGCCAGACAAAACCAGAAGAUGACAAUAUCUGAUGAUCAAGAAGCACCUCAGAAUUUUGAGGCGCUCGCGAAACGCGCUCAAGUUUCACCUCCGACUCGCCUUUUUCAAGCCUACCGGACUCAGGUUUACACCCAGGUAUCGCCACUCAUCAACUGGACCCAGCUGACGAAUGGGGGCACCAUCCAGCAAGGCAAAUUGGGCCACGCCGCACCUUCAGCCGCGGUCAACGCUGCCGGCAUACCAGUGGAGGACGACGCGAUCAAGCAGAUGUCGUCCGCGUAUGCAACAGCAUUGAUGAGAUGA